AUGGCUCAUGUAAUUUCCUUUCUAAAAAUACUUUUUUUAAAAUCGAUAAUAUACGAGAAUUGUAUAACAGACAAUAUGGCUGAUUGUAGAUAUACAGACUUUUCAAUUGUUGGAAUAAAUAGUGCCACUUUAGAAAGGUGUGGCUCAUAACCUUAAAAUUUAUUUAUGGGACCUUUUGGAUUUUAAACAAGUGUGACCAAGGCAUUUACAAAUAUUCCUCCAAAUAAAGAAUUGGAAUUUUCAGUAAAUAUUUGGAAAUUUGACUCUUGGGAUUCAGAAGGAUUUGAGAUCUAUGCAAAUAAUGUAUUAAUAAAAAAUUUGAUUUUGGGAAAUGAGGCUGGUACUUAGAUAUGCAGAAACAAUAUAUUUUCAGAUUUUCUUUACACAUUUUCAUAAAAAAUGAUAUUAACAGGAACUGAUUUAACCAUUAAGUUAAAAGACAAUUUAAAUUCUGCUAGUUAUUAUGAAGAUCUUUUGGAUGGUAUAAAUUGAACUAUUUUUAGAAUCUUGGGGAUUUAGAGACUUUAUUUUGAGACUUUCUGUUCCUUGUGUUAAUUUUUAUGAUGAAUGUAACUAUACUGGAACAUUAUUUUAAAUAUGUUAAGGAGAGUAGUCAAAAUUACAAAAUUACAUUCCUUUUGAAAUUAAAUCAAUCCUUAUGGGUCCUGGUAUCAUUGUUAAAUUAAAAGACAAAAACUAUUUUGCAGGAGUAUUAUAAGAGUUCACUACUUCCUAAUCUUGUUUGAAUGGUUAUAAGGUAUUUAAUUAACUAUUUUCAGUUUCCAAAGGUUCUCUAUUCAGAAUGA